UCUAACCUGUCAGGAAAAUUAGGGGGAUUUGCACAAGAAAACAACACUAUAGAUUCUGGAGAGCUCGAUAUAGGCCGAAGAGCAAUACAAGAAGUUCCCCCUGGGAUUUUUUGGAGAUCACAACUCUUCAUUGAUCAGCCACAAUUUCUAAAAUUCAAUAUAUCCCUUCAGAAAGAUGCAUUGAUUGGAGUAUAUGGCCGAAAAGGCUUACCACCUUCACAUACUCAGUACGACUUUGUGGAGCUCCUGGAUGGCAGCCGGUUGAUCGCACGGGAGCAGCGCACGCUGCUCGAGGCGGAGCGAGCGGGUCGGCAGACGAGGUCUGUCAGCCUUCAUGAAGCGGGUUUUAUCCAGUAUUUGGAUUCUGGCAUCUGGCACCUGGCCUUUUAUAACGAUGGGAAAAAUGCAGAGCAGGUGUCGUUUAAUACUAUUAUUAUAGAGUCUGUGGUGGAAUGCCCCCGGAAUUGCCAUGGUAACGGAGAGUGUGUUUCAGGAUCCUGCCACUGUUUUCCUGGCUUUCUGGGCCCCGACUGCUCGAGAGCAGCCUGCCCUGUGCUGUGCAGCGGCAAUGGGCAGUACUCCAAAGGACGCUGCCUCUGUUACAGUGGCUGGAAGGGCACCGAGUGCGACGUGCCGGCGACGCAGUGCAUCGAUCCCCAGUGCGGGGGCCGUGGCAUCUGCAUCAUGGGCUCAUGCGCCUGCAACUCUGGGUACAAAGGAGAAAACUGUGAAGAAGCGGAUUGCUUGGACCCAGCAUGUUCCAGCCAUGGUGUGUGCAUCCAUGGCGAGUGCCACUGCAACCCGGGCUGGGGGGGCAGCAACUGUGAAAUCCUGAAGACGCUGUGCCCUGACCAGUGCUCUGGCCAUGGCACCUACCUUCAGGAGAGUGGUACCUGCACAUGUGAUCCCAAUUGGACAGGUCCAGACUGCUCCAAUGAGAUCUGCUCUGUGGACUGCGGCACGCACGGCGUGUGCAUGGGCGGGACGUGUCGCUGCGAGGACGGCUGGACGGGCACAGCCUGCAACCAGAGGGCCUGCCACCCCCGCUGCGCCGAGCACGGCACCUGCAAGGAUGGGAAGUGCGAAUGUAGCCAGGGGUGGAACGGAGAGCACUGUACCAUUGAGGGUUGCCCUGGCUUGUGCAAUAGCAAUGGGAGGUGCACACUGGACCAGAACGGCUGGCACUGCGUCUGCCAGCCAGGAUGGAGGGGAGCAGGCUGUGACGUGGCCAUGGAAACUCUGUGCACUGACAGUAAGGACAACGAGGGAGAUGGACUGGUUGACUGUAUGGAUCCUGACUGCUGUUUACAGAGCUCUUGCCAAAAUCAGCCUUACUGUCGUGGGCUACCUGAUCCGCAAGAUAUUAUCAGCCAAAGCCAACAGUCACCAUCUCAGCAAGCUGCCAAAGCAUUUUAUGACCGGAUCAGUUUUCUCAUUGGAGCAGACAGCACUCAUGUCAUACCUGGGGAAAGUCCUUUCAAUAAGAGCCUUGCAUCUGUCAUAAGGGGCCAAGUAUUAACUGCUGACGGAACUCCACUCAUUGGAGUCAACGUUUCCUUUUUACACUACCCAGACUAUGGAUACACAAUCACCCGCCAAGAUGGCAUGUUUGACUUGGUAGCGAAUGGUGGUGCCUCUCUGACACUGGUGUUCGAGCGGUCACCAUUCCUGACCCAGUAUCAUACAGUAUGGAUUCCCUGGAAUGUCUUUUAUGUAAUGGAUACCCUGGUCAUGAAAAAGGAAGAGAACGACAUUCCUAGCUGUGAUCUGAGUGGAUUUGUAAGGCCAAACCCUAUCAUCGUGUCAUCACCUUUAUCAACCUUGUUUAGAAUUUCUCCUGAAGAUAGUCCUAUCAUCCCAGAGACACAGGUAAACUGUUCUACAAACAAAUAGCAUCUUAUCUCUGGCUAGAAUUAAGCAAAUAUAAUGAACA